UCUACUUCCUGAAAUAUAGUUUCUGACAUUGCCAAAUAUUUGUCAUAUAUAAAUCAUGUGGCAUGCAUUCUCCGACCAAAAGACAAAUAACCAUAAAAUACUUAUAUUGGAGAUCUUGAUGAGAAAGACUUAAACACUUACAGUGAAUUAUGCUUACAUUUUGGUGAAUGCGUAAAAUGUAUCUGCGAUUCUUUGUACUAGCAUGUAUUUCAUCACAUAGUUUAUUAGAUGUUUGUGCUCAAGGGUGUUUCGCCCGGUGUGAAUGGUCAGAAUGGGAAAGUUGGACAACAUGUUCACAGACAUGCGGUUCUACGGAAAAGAAAAACACAUCACGUGGACUAUGCUGUCCGAGCGAUUUAACAGACUUAGAAUCAUGUGUUGAAUAUUGUAACCUUGACAUUGCCGACCAUUAUGACGAGGCGGACUGUGGAAGGGAGUGUUAUAACGACGGGACACUGUCUUCCGCCGGAUGUGUCUGUACAAACAGAUUUUACGGCAUGUGUUGUGACAAACGGCUUGACAUUUGUGAGGCCAUCCCGACGGACGUCGUUUUCAUUCUAGACUCCUCCCUUAGCCAGACGCAGACCGAGUUCCAGAAGCAGCUCGACUUCGUCGGCAAGUUCGUGGACAAUGUCGACGUCGGUCCGACCGCCUUCGUCCUCAGCAUCAUCACAUACUCCAGCACUGCUGUUGUUGAAAUCGAAUUUGACGACAGUAAUUCAAAACAAUCGAUUAAGGAGCAGUUGUUGGGCAUACAGUUCCGACCUGGAGCCACGUACACAAACAAGGGUCUGGAGCUUGCUCGCAGCCUGCUUUCCGUCCGCAUGGAGAGGCGACCAGGAAUGUACACUAAAAAAAUCGCGUUUGUCCUCACCGACGGUUUGUCUAAUGAUCGUACAAAGACAGAAGUCUCAGCAAAGCUGCUUAAAGGGGAAGCUCAUGUGGUGGCAAUAGGCGUGGGUCCCGAGGUGUCUCACAGGGAGCUGAAUGCGAUUGCCUCCCCUGCAGACGAUUACAGCCUGUCAUACGUGUACACAGUCGAGAGCUUUGACGCUCUUCACACGGUACUUGAACGCCUUAUUGACGUUAGUUGCGAGAAAUGUCAGCCGAAGUCUCUUACAGACAUUUUCCUCUUGGUUGAUGAUUUGCCUGAUUCAAGAAUGACCGUUACCGAGUGGCAAAUAGCAGUGAAUGGGCUAGCAACAAUAGUCGACGGUCUACAAGCGUUCAAUGAUGAAAAUGGACAAAGAGUUGGAAUAGCACAAUUCCCCGACACGAAUGACCCAAUAAAGCAACUUUCUUUAUCGAAUACACUUAGAAAAGACGAUAUUUUACACUUCCUCCAAGUGAUGGCGCAUAGCGAGGAUACGUGCCGUGGAACGAAAGAUGACUGCGUCUUAAAAUCAAAUAUAACAUCUAUAAUACAGAAUGUUAUUGACAACCAAUUCACUUCAAGUUUUGGUGGACGAGACGAUGCCAGGAAGGUUUUACUUGUCGUCUCUUCAGGCAGAUUCAGCAAUAUAACCGAAGUAGCUGAACAAAUGCGCAAUAUCCGUCUACACACUGAUGUAGAUAUCUUUGAUAUUGGUCCCGGAGGUGACGUUGAUAUGAGAGGUCUUAAGUCGUUGGUGAGCGAGCCAAGCCGGGUGUUUGUUGUGAAGGAGGACAGUGACAUGGCAAGUCUGGAUGGUCUUCAAGCAAAGUUCUCGUAUAUAGCGUGCGGUUGACAAGAAUGCAUUGGCACGAUGAGAUAUUUGGCAACGUGGAAUUAAGCAAUGGCCAUAUGAAUUGAAUAUAUAUAAUUGCCUAUAAGUCGGUUCCUUAUUCCCUUUUCUUUUCCGAUCCUUCAAUUUUUACUAUUCAUCAUGUAAUGUUAUGUAGUUACAAGUGUUAACAAAAAGCAUACUACUGCUUGAGAAAAUAUGUGUACAAGGCUUAUGAUUAUAGACUCAUUAAUAUAAUAGAACACUACAGAAAGUUACAUAUUAUUUAACGAUUUGUCAUACCAGACAAAGAUUAUAUAUAAUUACAACCAAUUACUUUGUCUUUUAUGGAACGCCGCGGUGGUCUUAAGAUUUCAUUUCCGCCUUAUCAUGUUAAAAAGACAUUAUGUUUUUGUUGAAAAAAUACCAAUUAUG